CUGGCGUGGGGGGCGCAGGCGAAAGCCCGCGGGUCCUCCCACGGACGUUCUCCGGCGAAUUGGCACGUUGCUUGGCCUGUCAUUUGCCUUACUACGUGCAUCUCACCUCUUGAAGCCGCGGUUAUCUUGAGGGAUAUGUUGGGGAUUCGGAGGCUGGGAUUUCAGCUUUCUGAGCCUCAGUUUUCUCAAGAAUAUAAAGGGACCAAUGAUAAUACCUCCUUCCCUGGGUGGUUCCGAGGAGUGAGGGAGCUAAUGCAUGCGUAGUGUACGUCUGGUCCAUAGGACGAUCCUCUGGGGUGUGUAGGGCAGUGGUUGCACCUUACUGGACACCUUCCUGCUCGCCGGGUGCUGUUCGAAGCCCUGGGAUCCCGUGCGACAUCGUCACUCUCAGGAGUGCAGGCUCUCGGAGGAGCAGGACGCACGCUCGACCGCACUGUGUCUCCAGGAUAAUGGGAGCCAUGAUGGAGGAAGCACAGGGGGCUGUGCCAGCCCAGAAGGGACAGUAACUCAGAGCAGCAGGGACAGGGAAGAAGACUUCCAGGAUGAAGUGAGACUUGGAAGACAACAGAUGGGGCUUGAGAAGCGCCUUCGAGGCUGAGCACGGAGCUUGAGCCUCUUCCUAGCUAACAGCACCUUGGGCAGAUUCCUGCCACCCCUCUCCAGUCGUGAUUCAGAGGCUCCGAUGCAGGUGGUUAAGGAGGGACCCUACUAUGCUGAAUAGUUAGAGAGGACUGCUGGCCUCAAGAAUCCCUACACCUCAGGAUGAUCUGGGCCCACCGCUCACCACUACACCAGGGCCCAGAGGCCAUGGCCUGCCUCCAUGAGACCCGCACACCCUCCCCUUCCUUUGGGGGUUUCGUGUCCACCCUAAGCGAGGCGUCCAUGCGCAAGCUGGACCCAGACACUUCCGACUGCACCCCCGAGAAGGACCUGACGCCUACCCAUGUCCUGCAGCUGCACGAGCAGGAUGCUGGGGGCCCAGGGGGAGCCACUGGGUCCCCUGAGAGUCGGGCGUCCAGAGUUCGAGCAGAUGAGGUGCGGCUACAGUGCCAGAGCGGCAGCGGCUUCCUGGAAGGCCUCUUCGGCUGCCUGCGCCCUGUCUGGACCAUGAUUGGGAAGGCCUAUUCCACGGAGCACAAGCAGCAGCAGGAAGACCUUUGGGAGGUCCCCUUUGAGGAAAUCCUGGACCUGCAGUGGGUGGGCUCAGGGGCCCAGGGCGCCGUCUUCCUGGGGCGCUUCCAUGGGGAGGAGGUGGCUGUGAAGAAGGUACGGGACCUGAAGGAGACUGACAUCAAGCACCUGCGAAAACUGAAGCACCCUAACAUCAUCACCUUCAAGGGCGUGUGUACCCAGGCUCCCUGCUACUGCAUCCUUAUGGAGUUCUGCGCUCAGGGCCAGCUGUAUGAGGUGCUGCGGGCUGGCCGCCCUGUCACCCCCUCCUUGCUGGUUGACUGGUCCAUGGGCAUUGCCGGCGGCAUGAACUACCUGCACCUGCACAAGAUUAUCCACCGAGACCUCAAGUCCCCCAACAUGCUAAUCACGUACGACGAUGUGGUGAAGAUCUCCGAUUUUGGCACUUCCAAGGAGCUGAGUGACAAGAGUACCAAGAUGUCCUUUGCAGGGACAGUAGCCUGGAUGGCCCCUGAAGUGAUCCGCAACGAGCCUGUGUCUGAGAAGGUCGACAUCUGGUCCUUUGGUGUGGUGCUGUGGGAACUGCUGACUGGUGAGAUCCCCUACAAAGACGUAGAUUCCUCAGCCAUCAUCUGGGGUGUGGGAAGCAACAGUCUCCAUCUGCCCGUGCCCUCCAGCUGCCCAGACGGCUUCAAAAUCCUGCUUCGCCAGUGCUGGAACAGCAAACCACGAAAUCGUCCAUCAUUCCGACAGAUCCUGCUGCAUCUGGACAUCGCCUCAGCCGACGUACUCUCCACACCCCAGGAGACUUACUUUAAGUCCCAGGCAGAGUGGCGUGAAGAGGUAAAGCUGCAUUUUGAAAAAAUUAAGUCAGAAGGGACCUGUCUGCACCGCCUAGAAGAAGAGCUGGUGAUGCGGAGGAGGGAGGAGCUCAGACACGCCUUGGACAUCAGGGAACACUAUGAGCGGAAGCUGGAGAGAGCCAACAACCUGUACAUGGAACUUAAUGCCCUCAUGUUGCAGCUGGAGCUGAAGGAACGGGAGCUACUCAGGAGGGAGCAAGCUUUAGAGCGGAGGUGCCCAGGUCUGCUGAAGUCACACCCUUCCCGAGGCCUCCUGCACGGGAACACAAUGGAGAAGCUCAUCAAGAAGAGGAAUGUCCCACAGAAGCUGUCACCCCACAGCAAAAGGCCAGAUAUCCUCAAGACUGAAUCUUUGCUACCCAAGCUAGAUGCAGCCCUGAGUGGGGUGGGGCUUCCUGGGUGUGCCAAGGGCCCCCCCUCACCAGGACGGAGUCGCCGUGGCAAGACCCGUCACCGCAAGGCCAGCGCCAAGGGCAGCUGUGGGGACCUGCCCGGGCUUCGUGUUGUGCCACCCCAUGAACCUGGGGGACCAGGAAGCCCAGUGGGGCUAGGAGGGGGACCCUCAGCCUGGGAAGCCUGCCCUCCAGCCCUCCGUGGGCUCCACCAUGACCUCCUGCUCCGGAAGAUGUCUUCAUCGUCCCCCGACCUGCUGUCAGCAGCACUGGGAGCCCGGGGCCGGGGGGCUACAGGGGGAGCUGGGGACCCUGGCUCACCACCUGCAGCCCGGGGUGACACCCCGCCAAGUGAGGGCUCGGCACCCGGCUCCACCAGCCCGGAUUCUCCAGGGGGAGCCAAAGGGGAGCCACCUCCACCAGUAGGGCCUGGUGACGGUGUAGGGCUGCUAGGAACUGGAAGGGAAGGGACGGCGGGACGGGGAGGAAGCCGGGCUGGGUCCCAGCACUUGACCCCAGCUGCACUGCUGUACAGGGCUGCUGUCACCAGAAGUCAGAAACGUGGCAUCUCAUCAGAGGAAGAGGAAGGAGAGGUGGACAGUGAAGGAGAGCUGACCUCAAGCCAGAGGUGGUCUCAGGGCCUGAACAUGCGCCAGUCGCUAUCUACCUUCAGCUCAGAGAAUCCAUCAGAUGGGGAGGAAGGCACAGCUAGUGAGCCUUCCCCCAGUGGCACACCUGAAGUUGGCAGUACGAACACUGAUGAGCGGCCAGAUGAGCGGUCUGAUGACAUGUGCUCCCAGGGCUCAGAAAUCCCACUGGACCCACCUUCCUCAGAGGUGGUUACUGGCCGGGAACCCAGCUCCUUGCCCAUCCCACACCACAACCUACUCAGAGGGGAGCAGGGCCCUCCCAACUCUGAGGACUCAGACUGUGACGGCACUGAAUUGGAAAAUGCCAACAGUGGUGAAGCCUUGCGGCCCCCAGCCUCCCUCCCUCCAUGAAAGCCACUCUUAUCCUUGUACAUAGAGAAAUAUUUAUAUAAGUAAUAUAUAUGCGCUACAUAAUCAACAAAAGACAGGGCUAUCCCAGCCUAAGUCUGGCUCAAGGGAGACUGACCCCUGACCAAGUCACCUGAUAAACUCUAGGGACACUGGCAGCUGUGGAAAUGAAAGACAAGUACUGCCCUAGAGAUAUGGGUAAGGGCAAACUGGCCCCUUCCUGCUUCACUCCAAUACGUUCAGCAAGUGGUGAGGCAACAGAAAAGCCAAACUUGCCUAGUUUCCUCUCUUCUUUCUGCCCAAACCCUGAGGUGCAGGAAAGGGAGCCAUUUUGACUGCACUUUUUUGUUUUCCGUUUACUCUGUUUACACACUUUGCACUUGGGAGGAGGGAGGCUAAGGCUGGGUCCUCCCCUCUGAGGUUUCUCAGGUGGCAAUGUAAUUUCUUUGUCCCUCCAUCUCUCUGCCCAAGCGCUGGCUUAGGGACUAGGGGGAGGCCAGGAGAUUGUGAAAGCAUGUGAUGGCUCAGGCUGAAGAACUGGGGUGUUGUUUUAAGUCCCUGCUUUUAUCUUGGUGCCUGAUUGGGGUGGGGACUGUCAUAUUGUAACCCCUGUGAAAAAACCUUGAAAUAUAACCACUCCAUGCAGGCAAGCUGUUGAGGGUUUUCUUGGUGACUGAAUGGGGUAGCCUGCAUGGUUAAGUAGGAGCCUUGGGCUCCAGAGUUAUCAGGACUCUGAGUGACUUCCUCCUGUUAUGCUUUUCUCACUAACAAACUGAACAUCACUUAACAGCCCCAACCUUGUAAAAUCUACAUAAAUGGGAAGAGGUCUGUCUUUAUAAAGGAUUCUAGUAGGACCCAUAAAACACCCAUUCUUUUUAAAAACAGGAGACUGCAGUUUUAGUCUGGACAAGAGUAUAGGCAUUCCCAGCAACAUGAAUCCCAGUGAGACACACAUUCAGCUGCUUCCAUGUGUAUGCAUGUGCAUCCUUCCCCACCCACCCAGUGGAAGUGCUUACUUACACUUUGCAGACAAAUCUUAGGAAAAUAUAACCCCCCAUCUUUUGGACCAAGGGCACAGCCAGCUUGCUAUAGCUAAUUAAAGGUCACUCUGCAAUGCAGGCUCAAGGGCUACAGAAAAAGAUGGGAGUGGUAAAACAGAAGAAAACAUCUUCACUGGAAUAAAGGCUUACAUUCAAAACCCAAGCAGGGUCCUUGUCCUUUGACAGAUAAAAGGUGCAAAAAUAACAGCAAGACACCAGGAACAAAACCCACAUGAAAUCACUGUGGCAUCCAGUUUCUAUUCACAAAGAAAAAGCUCCAGUCCAUCUUUUAAUUUUUUUGAAAAAUUCCUGACAUUACAGAACUAAACUGAAAUGUAUUAAUAUUCCACUCUUACAUUUCCAUGACAAACAAAAAAAUUUCAUGAGCCAAAAAAAAAAAAAACAAAAAAAACCCAAAACAAAACAAAAAAAAAAAACAGGGAGAAGCUUAUAAAACUAAAUAUGGAUCUCAGCAUUCACAGCUGAACAGAGAAAGGAAUUAAAACGCUUUAAUUAAAAAAUCACGAGUGGAUGAUAAAGUGUGUAGAAACUGAAAAUUUACAAACUAUUUAAAACCUGGAAUCGCUGACUGUUCAGAAA